AUGACAGAAGUUGUCACAGAGCCCACCCCUCCCAUCCUUCAAGGCCCUUCCGACAAGGAGAAGAAAUAUGAUCGACAACUGCGAUUAUGGGCAGCCUCGGGGCAAGCAGCAUUGGAAAAUGCUAAUUUGCUACUAUUGAAUUCUGGUUCUGGCACAGUUGGUGUUGAGACCUUAAAGAAUUUAGUUCUUCCAGGCAUUGGAAAAUUCACAAUUGCGGAUGAGGCACUUGUGAACGAGGCUGAUCUAGGUGUCAAUUUCUUUCUUGACAAGGACAGCUUGGGAAAAUCAAGGGCAGAACAAUGUGUGAAACUUUUACAAGAACUCAAUCCGGACGUGAAUGGGGACUGGUAUCCGAAGCUCAAGGAUGGCAAAAUAGAUCAAGUCUUCGAAUCAGACCAACAAGAAAAAUAUACAUUAAUAAUAUACUCGUUUCCUAUCGGUCCCAAAAUCCUCGCCCUUGCAGAGAAAUACAGCGCAACCUACAAAGUGCCUCUCGUCAGCAUACACUCGGCAGGGUUUUACUCAUAUUUUAGGACGCAUUUACCAGGAAACUUUCCUAUUGUCGACACUCACCCUGACUCGACUGCCACGACAGACUUACGGCUCUUGAAACCAUGGCCAGAACUUUCGAAUUUUGAAGCAGAUCUGACAAAAAACAUCGACGCACUCAGUGAUCAUGAGCAUGGGCACAUACCUUACCUUGUCUUGCUCCUACACUUUUUAAGGAAGUGGAAAGAAAAGCAUGGAUCCUACCCGUUGUCGUACAAAGAGAAAACGGAAUUUAGGACCACGGUUUCAAAUGGCACAAGAAGAAAUAAUGCCGAGGGUGGAGAGGAGAACUUCGAUGAAGCUGUUGCAGCUGUGCUAAAGAAUAUCUCUAUCCGAGAUUUAAACAGUUCUGUGAAGGAAGUCUUCGAGUAUACACCAACUGAGGAAGAAUCAGAAUCAGAUUUCUGGAUCAUAGCUGAUGCUGUCAAGCGAUUCUAUGAGAAGCAUAAUGAACUCCCACUUCCAGGAUCCGUCCCAGACAUGAAGGCCCAAUCAAAUAUAUAUGUACAACUCCAGAAUAUCUACAAGGCAAAAGCCCGCCAAGAUGUCCAGGAAGUAUUAGAAACUAUUCGUGCACAUCCGCGUGGUAAGGAGAUUAAAGUGGAGGACGUGGAGGUGUUCUGUAAGAAUGCAGCUUUCAUCAAGCUGAUCCGAGGCUCGGAUCCGAUAUCAAAUUUGCAAAAGAUAGCAAAAUCGGAAUCUGAAAAUGAUGAAAACGCCCCUUUUACUAUGAUGCCAUUAUCAAACCUCCCUAUCUACUUAGCUCUUCGCUCAACUUCCCACGUACCGUUAGCUAGUUCGUGUGAAAUUCUAGCCCAGAUUGAUAGAGAAAUUCCGAAUUCCUCUUCCAAUCCGCGUAUCCGAAAAGUCGCUGAAGAAGUAGCACGAGCCAAAGGAGGGGAAUUACACAACAUCUCUUCACUGACAGGGGGAAUGGUAGCACAAGAAAUCAUCAAAAUUAUCACGAAACAAUAUGUACCGAUCGACAACACAUGCAUAUUUGAUGGUAUCACAAGUAGGGCACAAGUAUUGAGGAUCUUUGAGGGAACAAAAACAAUUGUGCCUUGA